AUGACGAACCCUGCCAUCCAGAAUGAUUUCAGCUACUACAGGAGAACACUCAACCGCAUGCGCAUCAACAAUGUUGCCGUAAGUGCACCCCUUUUGGUGCCCCUUUUAUUUUCCUAAAAGUUAUAUAAAGGUACCAGUUUUUUGCAGGUAUUGGUUUCUGUUUGAAAGCUGUAAUCUGUAUACAUUUAAGUCAUUUAGCAUCAGUUGCAGCCUUCAUCCGCCUUUCCAGCCAUAUACAGUUGAAGUCGGAAGUUUACAUACACUUAGGUUGGCGUCAUUAAAACUUGUUUUUCAACCAAUCCACACAUUUCUUGUUAACAAACUAUAGUUUUGGCAAGUCGGUUAGGACAUCUACUUUGUGCAUGACACAAGUCAUUUGUCCAACAAUUGUUUACAGACAGAUUAUUUCACUUAUAAUUCACUGUAUCACAAUUCCAGUGGGUCAGAAGUUUACAUACACUAAGUUGACUGUGCCUUUAAACAGCUUGGAAAAUUCCAGAAAAUUACAGUGGGGAAAAAAAGUAUUUAGUCAGCCACUAAUUGUGCAAGUUCUCCCACUUAAAAAGAUGAGAGAGGCCUGUAAUUUUCAUCAUAGGUACACGUCAACUAUGACAGACAAAAUGAGAUUUUUUUUCUCCAGAAAAUCACAUUGUAGGAUUUUUUAUGAAUUUAUUUGCAUAUUAUGGUGGAAAAUAAGUAUUUGGUCAAUAACAAAAGUUUCUCAAUACUUUGUUAUAUACCCUUUGUUGGCAAUGACACAGGUCAAACGUUUUCUGUAAGUCUUCACAAGGUUUUCACACACUGUUGCUGGUAUUUUGGCCCAUUCCUCCAUGCAUAUCUCUUCUAGAGCAUUGAUGUUUUGGGGCUGUCGCUGGGCAACACGGACUUUCAACUCCCUCCAAAGAUUUUCUAUGGGGUUGAGAUCUGGAGACUGGCUAGGCCACUCCAGGACCUUGAAAUGCUUCUUACGAAGCCACUCCUUCGUUGCCUGGCGGUGUGUUUGGGAUCAUUGUCAUGCUGAAAGACCCAGCCACGUUUCAUCUUCAAUGCCCUUGCUGAUGGAAGGAGGUUUUCACUCAAAAUCUCACGAUACAUGGCCCCAUUCAUUCUUUCCUUUACACGGAUCAGUCGUCCUGGUCCCUUUGCAGAAAAACAGCCCCAAAGCAUGAUGUUUCCACCCCCAUGCUUCACAGUAGGUAUGGUGUUCUUUGGAUGCAACUCAGCAUUCUUUGUCCUCCAAACACGACGAGUUGAGUUUUUACCAAAAAGUUCUAUUUUGGUUUCAUCUGACCAUAUGACAUUCUCCCAAUCCUCUUCUGGAUCAUCCAAAUGCACUCUAGCAAACUUCAGACGGGCCUGGACAUGUACUGGCUUAAGCAGGGGGACACGUCUGGCACUGCAGGAUUUGAGUCCCUGGCGGCGUAGUGUGUUACUGAUGGUAGGCUUUGUUACUUUGUUCCCAGCUCUCUGCAGGCCAUUCACUAGGUCCCCCCGUGUGGUUCUGGGAUUUUUGCUCAACAUUCUUGUGAUGAUUUUGACCCCACAGGGUGAGAUCUUGCGUGGAGCCCCAGAUCGAGGGAGAUUAUCAGUGGUCUUGUAUGUCUUCCAUUUCCUAAUAAUUGCUCCCACAGUUGAUUUCUUCAAACCAAGCUGCUUACCUAUUGCAGAUUCAGUCUUCCCAGCCUGGUGCAGGUCUACAAUUUUGUUUCUGGUGUCCUUUGACAGCUCUUUGGUCUUGGCCAUAGUGGAGUUUGGAGUGUGACUGUUUGAGGUUGUGGACAGGUGUCUUUUAUACUGAUAACAAGUUCAAACAGGUGCCAUUAAUACAGGUAACGAGUGGAGGACAGAGGAGCCUCUUAAAGAAGAAGUUACAGGUCUGUGAGAGCCAGAAAUCUUGCUUGUUUGUAGGUGACCAAAUACUUAUUUUCCACCAUAAUUUGCAAAUAAAUUCAUAAAAAAUCCUACAAUGUGAUUUUCUGGAGAAAAAAAAUCUCAAUUUGUCUGUCAUAGUUGACGUGUACCUAUGAUGAAAAUUACAGGCCUCUCUCAUCUUUUUAAGUGGGAGAACUUGCACAAUUGGUGGCUGACUAAAUACUUUUUUCCCCCACUGUAUGUAAUGGCUUUAGAAGCUUCUGAUAGGCUAAUUGACAUCAUUUGAGUCAAUUGGAGGUGUACCUGUGAAUGUAUUUCAAGGCCUACCUUCAAACUCAGUGCCUCUUUGCUUGACAACAUGGGAAAAUCAAGGACCUUGUGAAGAUGUUGGAUGUAAACUUCCGACUUCAACUGUAUAUACACACACACACACACACACAGUUAAAAAUACCCACAGUAAAUUGAUUCUAACAGUAGUACAUUAGUCACCUCACCCUCCCAUUGAUCAAAGGGGAAACACCAUUAUUCCCCAGCCACGGCGUCGAUGAGACAGGGGGAUCAUUGACCUUGCGUCUCCAAUUAAGAGACCCGGUGGCUGGGGAAUAAUUACUUGCGCUCUUCUGCCUCAUUAGACAUAGGCCCUCAUGUAAAACGCCACGUAGAAUGCAUGCAGAACAGCACAGCAAAUAGUGUGCUGACUGUGUAAUGUCCUAUUACGGUUUAGAUAGAAUGAAUUGUCCACUCUUAAUAUAUUGCAAUAUAUUUUGCAUACCAAUUUGAAAUUAUAAACUAAAUUAAAAAUAUGUAAAAAAUAAAUAAAGUGCAAUAUUUAAGGAUAUAGCCAUGGGCUAUAUUAUAUUAACACUUUUAAAAGUACUUUUAAGGAAUGAUAACAACAUAACAUCCUAACAGCACUAAUCCUAUUGUAUACUUCUAUCAAUUCUAUUUUUGUUGAAAGACACCAAGGCCAGGAUUCAAUCAGAUCAGCUGUAACCCACGUUAGCCGACAAACACAAAGCUUUUCAUUGCUUUUGUUUAGGCGGUGUCUGAGGUGUAACUACAUUAGAACUGUCAAGUCCACAAGCGGCUCCUUGCGUUACUUAUCACAGACAUUGCCAUUGGAGUCGCAUUAGUAGAAACCCAUGCAGCCACAUUACAAGUUUGAACACUGAAAUGCGUGAUGUACUCUACACCUCCAUUAGGCUGAUAGAAAUCCCCAUUAUUUUGUUUCAUGAUUUUACAUUUGAGUGUCAUUAUUUCUAGAUAGCCUGACUUUCUUGUUUAGAACUUCUAACUCUGGUGGGAUAUAAGGACAGUGUGGUUUUGUGACAAUGACCAUAAGAGCAGCCAGCUGGUCACCGAUUUGACAGCUUUAACGCAGUUACAUCUCAGACACCGCCUAAACAAAAUCCAUGAAAAGCUACGUGUUUGUCUGCUAACACGGGUUACCGCUGAUCUGAUUUGAAUCCUGGCCCAACUCUUUUGCUUUCAGGCAGAGGAGGAGAACGAAGUCAACAAUGAGCUGGCCAACCGGAUGUCUCUGUUCUACGCCAACGCCACGCCCAUGCUGAAAACGCUAAGCGACGCUACAACAAAGUUUGUCUCAGACGUAAGUGAAAAAGCACAACAUUGAUUAAGAAUAAUAGCUCCUAUUUCAUCAUGUGAAAGUCCUGGAUAGGCAAAUCCACUGAACAACUUGAUGAUACUUUACUUGAAUUGUAAUUUGCCAAAUGUCAUAUGUCAUGGAACAGGGCAGAAUCUGUCUCUGAUACAGAUAAAGAGUGAGCUACAGUAUCAGUUUAUUUGACAGUGACCAUGUAAAACAGACAUUGCAAAAUAUGUAAGCUACAUAGUUUAUUCUCAUCUGCUAUCUUAUCGUACAGCAGUUUUUAUUUAAACAGUAUCGCACAGUAAAAAAAAAACACACAGUUUAGUGUUGUUUUGCUUUAGGAAAACAUCAAUCAAAAUGGUAACAAAAGCUGUGUCAAUAAGAUGGUAUUUUCUGUUGAUUUGACCAGAACACAGAUCUACCCAUUGAAAACACAACGGACUGCUUGUGCACGAUGGCCAGCGUGUGCAAAGUCAUGCUGGAAACACCGUGAGACAGACCUCUUUUCUAAUUCAAUCCAAUUUUAUUUUCCCCUCUGUGACAAUUCAGAAAGUCAUUGCCAGAUCACAAACUAUUCAUUACUGUACUUUCUACCAUUACGUCUGUCUACUUGGUUGCAUCUGCUUUGAGGUUUAAUUUCUUUGAAUACUAAACAUUAUCUAAAAAUGCUGUUUGUUUUUUGGUUUGUCUGUGUGUGUGGGGGGGUGUGCAUGUGACUGCAUGUGUACGCUUGUGUGUCUACACACGUGUCUUUGCGCACGCGUGUUUGUGUGUGUGUGCGUCCACAGGGAAUACCGUAGCCGUUUUGCCAGCGAGGAUACCGUGUCCUUCUGUUUGCGUGUGAUGGUGGGAGUGAUCAUUCUUUAUGACUAUGUUCACCCUGCUGGAGCCUUUGUCAAGUCCUCCAAGAUCGAGGUGCGUUUACAGAGUUCUUAUGACGUUUAUUGGGGCCAUAUGUAUCAAGCGUCUCAGAGUAGGAGGGCUGAUCUAGGUUCAGGUCUCCCCUAUCUAUGUAAUCGGAUUCAUUGUGAUCUAAAAGGCCAAACUGAUCCUACAUCAGGACUCCUACUCUAAGAUGCUUAACACAUACAGCCCCAGAUGUUGUCAUACCUCAAACGUGACUUCAUAUAUCCCUGUUGUAUCACCAGGGAGGGGAAACAUUGUUGUUCUAGUCCAACAACACACCUAGUUUAAUGAACAAAUGAAAUAAUCCAAUAACAACCAGCCCAUGGUUAGUUGAAUCAGGUGUGUUACUGCUGGGCUAAAACAAAAAUGUGCACCUCCUAGGGAUCCCCCAGGAAUACAUUCAGGGACACUGACAUAUGUAACCAUAAAUGUGUAACUGACUUUGUUUUGAUAUAGAUGAAAGGGUGCAUCAAAGUCUUAAAGGAUCAGCCUCAAAGCAGUGUGGAAGGCCUGCUAAACGCUCUCAGGUAAGUGGCUUCUCUUUCCUAUACAUGCUGUGGUUAUCUGCCAACUUGAAUGUAUAAUAGCGUGUUAAUAUAUAUGUGUAUUUACAUGCUAAUUACAUGUUCAAUUACCUUUCAAUGACAGGGGUCACAACUUCAGUCCUAAAGGGCAACACCUUAAAGGGCCACACUAACACACCUUACUCAUGUAAUCAACCAAUUUAUGGGUCUUCAAAGUUGACAAUGAUUAAAUGAAUCAGAUGUGUAAGAGUUUGGCAUUGCAGCCACCCAUGACUGAAGUUGUCCACCCAUGUUGUAUUACAUUGUUUGUAUUUGUAUUUAUUAAGGAUCCCCAUUAGUUCCUGCUAAGGCAGCAGCUAUAAAAUAUUACAUGACAUUACAUUUCAUAACACUUUUCACAGCACAUUAAGUGUGUGCCCUCAGGCCACUACUAUACUAGCAUGUUGUUGAUUUGUCCUUGAACACUGUUUUGCCAGAAGUGAUUAUAUUUUACACCGACUAAGCCACUCUGUUCAGUCCCCUGCCCUCCAUAUGUUUUUGUAUGUUGUAUGAUGUCUAUGUUUAUGUCCUGUAAGGAGUUUAUUUAUGAGGCACAUUUCUGUUAAAGCAGACUAUAAAAUGCUUUCUUAUCUAUGUUAUCUUACCCUAGAGUCUAGACCUUUCCAUCAGUACAUGGAAUUACUCAACAAUUCUUCAGAGCAAAUAUGUGGAUGUUAAGAUGGUUUGAACCAUUUAGCUGCAAUUGACUGUUAAUAUUGUUUUUCAGUAAUACUAGGGUAGUUUUGGAUGGAUGUUCAGACUGUACUCUCUUUCUUCACAUUCAGGUACACAACAAAACAUCUGAAUGACGAGACUACCUCCAAGCAAAUCAAAAAUAUGUUGCAA